CGGAGCUGUCAGGGCUGAGCGAGGGGCCGCCUGAGCCGCCUCUGCGCCCCAGUCGCUGUCGCCUUGUCUUUCUUUGUCUCGGGCGCCAGGGCCCAGCUGUUUAACCCGCGCCUCACCCAGGGCCCAGCGAACCGGGAAGCUGCCGUGGGCCAAGAGGAAGAGCAGGACGGCUGCUUAGGAACUCUAUUUUGCGAAUCUCUCAAAAAGAAAAAAAAUCAUGGAGAAGAAUGGGAACAAUAGAAAGCUCCGAGUUUGUGUUGCCACCUGCAACCGAGCUGAUUACUCAAAACUUGCCCCUAUCAUGUUUGGCAUUAAGGCAGAGCCUCAAUUCUUUGAGCUUGAUGUGGUAGUACUUGGAUCUCACCUAAUAGAUGACUAUGGAAACACAUAUCGUAUGAUUGAACAAGAUGAUUUUGACAUUAAUACAAGACUACACACCAUCGUUAGGGGUGAAGAUGAGGCCGCCAUGGUGGAGUCAGUAGGUCUUGCAUUAGUAAAGCUUCCGGAUGUUCUUAAUCGUCUGAAACCUGACAUAAUGAUCGUUCAUGGUGAUAGAUUUGAUGCACUGGCUGUGGCUACGUCUGCUGCCUUGAUGAAUAUUCGUAUUCUUCAUAUUGAAGGUGGAGAAGUAAGUGGGACCAUAGAUGACUCUAUUAGACAUGCUAUAACCAAAUUGGCUCAUUAUCAUGUGUGCUGCACCAGAAAUGCAGAACAACAUCUGAUAUCGAUGUGUGAGGACCAUGAUCGCAUCCUUUUGGCAGGCUGCCCCUCAUAUGAUAAACUCCUUUCAGCCAAAAAUAAAGACUACAUGAGUAUUAUUCGUAUGUGGUUAGGUGAUGAUGUAAAACCAAAAGAUUACAUAGUAGCACUGCAGCAUCCUGUGACUACUGAUAUUAAACAUUCUAUAAAAAUGUUUGAAUUAACAUUGGAUGCACUUAUCUCGUUUAACAAAAGGACGCUAAUUCUAUUUCCAAAUAUUGAUGCAGGAAGCAAAGAGAUGGUUCGAGUGAUGAGGAAGAAGGGUGUUGAGCAUCAUCCCAAUUUCCGAGCAGUUAAACAUGUACCAUUUGACCAAUUCAUACAACUUGUAGCUCAUGCUGGAUGUAUGAUUGGCAAUAGCAGUUGUGGGGUACGAGAAGUGGGAGCAUUUGGUACUCCUGUAAUCAAUCUAGGAACACGACAGAUUGGAAGAGAAACAGGUGAAAAUGUUCUUCAUGUUCGGGAUGCUGAUACUCAAGAUAAAAUACUGCAAGCUCUGCACCUCCAGUUUGGCAAACAGUAUCCUUGUUCAAAGAUAUAUGGGGAUGGGAAUGCUGUUCCGAGGAUUUUGAAGUUUCUCAAAUCAAUUGAUCUCCAAGAACCACUACAAAAGAAGUUCUGCUUUCCCCCUGUAAAGGAGAACAUCUCUAAAGACAUUGAUCAUAUUCUUGAAACCCAAAGUGCCUUGGCCGUUGAUCUAGGUGGAACAAACCUUCGAGUUGCAAUAGUCAGUAUGAAGGGUGAAGUAGUUAAGAAGUACACUCAGUCCAAUCCUAAAACCUAUGAAGAAAGAAUUAAAUUAAUUCUACAGAUGUGUGUGGAGGCUGCAGCAGAAGCUGUAAAACUAAAUUGCAGAAUUUUGGGAGUGGGUAUUUCCACAGGUGGACGUGUAAAUCCUCGUGAAGGAAUUGUACUCCAUUCUACCAAACUUAUUCAAGAAUGGAGUUCUGUGGAUCUGAGGACCCCCAUCUCUGAUACAUUGCAUCUCCCUGUCUGGGUAGACAAUGAUGGCAAUUGUGCUGCCUUGGCAGAAAGAAAAUUUGGUCAAGGAAAAGGACUGGAAAACUUUGUGACACUCAUCACAGGCACAGGAAUCGGUGGUGGCAUCAUUCAUCAGCAUGAGCUGAUACAUGGCAGUUCUUUUUGCGCUGCUGAACUCGGACACCUCGUGGUGUCUUUGGAUGGACCUGAUUGUUCAUGUGGGAAUCAUGGAUGCAUUGAGGCCUAUGCCUCUGGGAUGGCCUUACAGAGAGAAGCUAAGAAACUACAUGAUGAAGACCUUCUCUUAGUGGAAGGAAUGUCAAUGAAAAAAGAAGAAACUGUUGGAGCUCUUCAUCUCAUUCAGGCAGCUAAGCUUGGCAAUACAAAAGCUGCUAGUAUUCUUAGAACAGCAGGGACAGCUUUGGGCCUUGGUGUUGUGAAUAUCCUUCACACGAUGAAUCCUUCACUUGUGAUCCUGUCUGGAGUCCUAGCAAGUCAUUACGUUAACAUUGUUAAAGACGUGAUCCGACAACAAGCCUUGUUCUCAGUUCAAACUGUAGACGUUGUCGUUUCAGACUUGGUCGAUCCUGCUUUGCUUGGUGCUGCAAGUAUGGUGUUAGAUUAUACUACACGCCGAGUGCAGUGAUGGACUUAGACAUAUGUCCCUGAAGAAAGUUCUUAAAAUGUAAUAGUCUAUUGUUUGUCUUUUUAAAGUAAAAUUUUAAAUGCAUAAUUUUAGCUACAAGUAGUUUUGACAUAUAAAUGUGCACUUUUGUUCUUUGUUUAGCUUUCUAUUUGAUGUCUACAUUUACUGUCCAUGUAUUUAUAGAGCUAGACCUCAGAAUAUUUAGAUACCAAUCACCUAUCUCUGUGCCAAAGAAAGCAGCACUUUUGGACUUAUUUUUACAUCAUAGUCCAUAAUGUCUUUUUUUUUUUCCCCGCUUUUUGGUGAGGCAGUUGGGGUUAA